AAAUGAAGUGUUUGAAAGUAACGGUUUCUACGUGUCAGCAUUCUGCACUUCUCCUUUUGAAGUAGCAGCCGUUUGGCCCCAGAGUUGUUAAGGUGCUGGAUGCUUUCUGAUGCCUUACAGGUUUUCAAUGGUCUCAGUGUAAAGGAGGGAGAAGCCAUUGGGAAACCCCUGUCUGCACUUUUCCUAAGUGAAAUUGUGUAGUGAUUGAUGACUCGUGACUGGUUAUUACAAAUCAGGAAAGGGCAAAUACUGCUAUGUGGAGCACAGUGUUGUGAAGAUGAGAGAACGUUUCUUAUUCUGCCAUCGAGCAGUAGGUUUUCAAAUUUGAACAAAAAGAGUCUGUCCACGUGUAAUGAGACAUUGGUGAAACAUGAGGAGGGAAAUUGCAGCUGUGGUGUUCUUCCUGAAGAGGCUCGUGAAAACGGGAGCUCAGCUGGAGUCUCACAAAGUCGAGCUCUUUGUUGAGAGGCUGGCUGUGGCACUGCAGGAGAAGUUCAAGGGGCACUGGUACCCGGCAAACCCCAGCAAAGGACAUGCAUACAGGUGCAUCCGGAUCAACAGGCUCCACAGGCAGGAGCCAGAGCUCCUUCGGGCCUGCCGGGAGAGUGGGCUUCAAUACAGUGACCUGGGACUGCCCGGCGAGCUCACAUUGUGGGUGGACCCUGGAGAGGUCUGCUGCAGGUAUGCGGAACAAAAUCCUUUCUUCUCAGUGGCCACUUUCCCUAGUGAUGAGGAAGAGGACAAAGAUGUUGCAAAGAAGGUGACCAGCGCUUUGGAGAGGGUGACAUCAGACUAUCACUCAGGUUCAUCUUCCGACGAGGAGAGCACACGCACUUCCCCCCUUACUCUUGACUACAGCCGCUGUUCUUACCAGGGAAUAAACCCAAAUGCUCCUCCAUGGCAUCCGAAAAAAAUGGUAACUGACAAAAGUGUCAUCCUUCCUCACCAUGGUUUCAUACCUCGCAGCACAGCCCCCCACACUUCAAGGCAGAAACUGUGGGUUCCCCCAAGCUACAGAACAGGACCUGGUUACUGGGACACAAACCUGGCACACCCUUACAUGUAGGAAUAAUGGUGCAUAUUGUUCACACUGGACAAAAAAAUCUGAAGGCAACGCGACCUUAAGACGACUGAACACUUUUUUAAAAAAAAAUAAUAAUAAUUUUUAUAGCGUAAAUGUUGAUCGUUUUGACUUUUUUUGCACUUUAGACCAUUUGUUAAAGUUUGAAUAAAUCACUUGUAUUCAAUUGGAUAUUGAAAUGGGAAUACUACACAUGUUAUCUUGAAGUACUCUAUUUUUACAAAGGGAGACGUUCAUGUAUGCCACUUACUGCGGUCCUUUUGUGAUGAGUUUUAUUUAUUCAUAGUGUAGAAUUCUCAGAUGUAUAGGCCUAAAUUUAUGAUGUUUUAUUAAACACACGUUCCAAGCAUGA